AUGAUCUUCUCCAGACUUGGUAUACCGCAGAUUGUACAGAGCGACAACGGCACAAAAUUCACAUCUUCAGAAUCCCAAAAAUUCAGUAAAGAGUGGGAGUUUAAACAUAUAACUAGUAGUCGUCAGUAUCAACAAUCAAAUGGAAUGGCUGAGAGACACGUGCAAAUAGCAAAAAACUUGCUAAACAAAGCAAAAAGGUCAAUUCAAGAUCAGUACAUAGCUCUACUAGAAGUAAAAAACACUCCUGUUGACGGUCUUGCGUCACUUGCUCAGCUCAUAAGUGGAAGAAGAUUGAGAUCAACACUUCCUACUUCUCUGUCACUACUUCAAGUAAAUCCAAUCGAUGUAAAUAAAUUUGUAAAGAAGAAUCGUGAAAAAGUUCAAAACUUACAGAAGAAAUAUUAUGAGAAAAACGCAAAAAUAUUGGAAAACGUAAGCGAUGGAGACUGUGUUCGUAUACAUGAUGGAAAUAGAUGGCAGCCAGGAAAAAUUGUUGAGAGCAAACAGCAACGAAGUUUCAAUGUAAAAACCUUAAAUGGAAAUAUUGUUAGAAGAAACAGACGACAUCUACUAAAAACAAAAGAAGAAGUAUAUUGGGAUGUCAAUUUAUCCGACAAUGAAAGCGAUAUGAAUGAAUCAAAAGACAUAUUCAUGGUAAAAGAAAACUGUCGAAUAACACAAACAUAG